AUGAGGAGAGAAGUUUGCACCAUUGCCUUUGCACGAGCUGUCUUCUCCGAGUUCUUAGGCACCGCGAUUUUCGUCUUCUUCGGUUUAGGCUCAGCCCUGAAAUGGCCCUCAGCCUUGCCGAGCAUCCUCCAGAUUGCCCUGGCUUUCGGCUUGGCUAUCGCCACUAUGGUACAGACAUUUGGUCCCAUCAGCGGUGGCCAUUUCAACCCAGCGGUGACCAUCGCCUUCUUUGUCGGGAACCAGAUCUCUUUUCUCCGGUCCCUCUUCUACAUUGUGGCCCAGCUGGUAGGAGCCAUUGCCGGUGCAGGCAUCCUUUAUGGAGUGACUCCAGCUAAUGCCCGUGGCAACUUAGCAAUCAAUGCGCUCAGCAACAACACCACUGCAGGCCAGGCCGUGGUCGUGGAGAUGAUCAUCACCUUCCAGCUUGUGAUGUGCAUUUUUGCCUCAACUGACAGCCGCCGAAAUGACAAUGUGGGCUCCCCCUCUCUGUCCAUUGGGCUCUCUAUCACCCUGGGUCACCUAGUUGGGAUCUAUUUCACUGGCUGCUCUAUGAAUCCGGCCAGGUCCUUUGGGCCUGCUGUUGUCACAAAUAGAUUCACCCCUGCUCAUUGGGUCUUCUGGGUAGGACCCAUCUGUGGAGGCAUCCUGGCUUCACUGCUGUACCACUACUUUCUGAUGCCCCACUCAAUGAAUAUGUCUGAGAGAGUAGCAAUUGUAAAAGGCACCUAUGAGUCGGAAGAAGAGUGGGAAGAGAAAGAGAAAAGCAUGGAAAUGUCCCCCUCCGCAUAGACAAAAGAGCUCUGGAUGAGAAGGAAAAGAGACACACUGGACACCCCUGAUACCGAAUGAACACUGUCUCUGUGCCUAAUAAUCCAAAGAGCAAGUAGCUUCUGCUGGUGCCAAGGGUUGGAAGAGGGUAUGGGGGAGACAUGAUUAACCAUCUUGGGAGUGUGUCUGCAUGUUUCUGUGAAUGCAAGGCCAGAAAAUGGGCUGUUCCACUAUGAUCUGUCUCAGCAAAAAUGCCUUCAUCCAGCAGCACUGAGCUAGAAUGGUUUCCCAACCUCUCAGAUCAGUUUUCCAACCUCUUGGAUGGAAGAGUUCUAAAGCAUGCCCGGGGUCUUAGAAUCUGCAGCUGUGCUGGGUUUGGGGUCAUUUGUUUAGCUACUUACGUUUGACUUCCUGGUCAUCCUUUGGACAAAUCCCCCAGGCCUAUAUAUGCUUUGGGCUUUGGGGUUUGGGCAUAUAAUAGGCUAAGCUUGAGUUUCCUAGACUUGGUCCCAUUCAGUCUAUGCAAUAAUGCUUGCCACUAGCUUUUUUAUGGGCAGUAUAGCAUUAAUCCACAUACGGAAGAAACAGAACAAAGAAACCUUAAGAAUGGGGUUAUGGUUAUGCUCACAGAAAAGGAGAAAGAUAUUGGACUGCAGAUUUGUGCUGAGGGCUGAGAAUUUGCAUGAAAUCCCAAAGAGGCCAUGCAAAUCUCAGCCAUAGAAAGAGUACACAUGCCACCAGUUAAUUUAAGCCCAUAAACCAAUUUUAUCUUAUUUAUGGGCCAAUUGAGAUCAAAUUGAUUAGAAGGAAGCUAGGUGGACCCAUACCAUGUUUGUUUCGGUCCCUCCCUAGACAAAGUUGCGGCAAGCUUCAUGGACUAAACAAAAACACAGUGAAGAACUUUGUCUUGACUCAGUUUCCAUCUUAUGUUGGCUCAAGCAAGUGACCGUCUGAAGAGAGACCAUUUCUAAUCAACCUUGCAUGGUUCAGUAUUCCCUCCAUAGUCGUGCUGAUAUUCUCACUCUGCUAUCCUGCUUACCACUCUGGACUGUGAGAGAGGAGGGGGCAGUUUGCUAAAUUUUGAUUUUAAAAUAAUCUGGUACCUGAAAGGAGGAACCCAUGGCCAGAUCUCCCACAGCUUUUGAGAUGUGUGACAAAAAAAGAAUUCAAUCACCACAUGAACCCUGGAAGAUGGACAUGUCUGUAGGUCCAUUCCAAAGCUUUAUAAUUUGGAGGGGGGAGGGGAUGCUGCUGUUUUCUGCACUGGCUGUUGUCUCACUGAAUUUAUUUUCUGCCAAAGAAGAAUGCAUUUGUACUUGGGUUUCUGUAAUAUAUUGUAUUAUUUAUUAUCAUUAAAGAG